AACUUCAGCUGCUUCAGCUUCAUCAUCGUCGCCUUUCGAACAACUUCUGCUGAAGCCAUCCGAGCGAAACUUUUGACGAGCUUUCCACACAGAGACCUUGGGGACUGCUGCGUGAGAGAAGCCACUCUGAGUAUCAACACCAUGGAGACGAGCCAAGCUGGAGCAAGGAGGGAGGGAGUCUCUGGCAACACGUGGAGCGCGUUGUCCGCAGCCGGCACCGGCCCUAUCCUCAGUAAAUCGCCUCGAGCGAUCCUGAAUCUCUUUGGGCCUCAGCUAAGUCAUCGCCAAAAGCUGGAGCUGGAGGCCAUGAAACAAGUAUGGUUCUUCACUUUGGACAAGGUCGACAAACCCCGGGGUGGCAACAACACCGACAGCUCCGACGACGAUAACAACAACUACAUCCCUGUCCGCAAGGAACAGCUCCACUACCGCUAUGAGGUGCAGAAGAUGAUUGGCGAGGGAGGCCAGGGCCUGGUGCUGCAGUGCCUCGACCACAAAACCAAAACACUCGUGGCCGUCAAGAUGCUGUCGCUGCCCUGGAGCUCCUCGACAGCGGCCCGUCAGAGGACGGAGCUGGAGGUGGCCAAUGAGCUGCAGGGCAAGGCCAGCGAUGAGCGCUACGGAGUCAUCCGGGUCUUGGACACGUUCCAAUUCCGCGGACACAAUUGCCUCGUCGUCGAGCUCUUGAAGAAGAGCCUCUACGACGUCAUGAGCAAAGGAAGCAUCGGGCGAAUCUACGUGAGGCGGUUGAGGGAGCACACCAGGGCCAUCCUCGACUUCCUGUUGUACGCCAAGGGGCGGGGCAUCGUCCACGCGGACAUCAAGCCGGACAACAUUCUGCUCACCGCGACCGGCAAAGUGAGGGUCACCGACUUCGGGUGCAGCUUUUACCUGAAGCAUAAAACCAAAAACGUGGGUGGGACGUUGCCCUACAUGGCCCCGGAGCUGCUGCUGGGCUACGAUGUCACCUCCGCUGUGGACAUGUGGGGCCUGGGCUGUACCUUGGCCGAAAUGGCCACCGGCAAGGUGCUCUUCGAUUCACCUGCCAUCGAAGAACACCUGCCCUGCUGCAUUGAGGCUCAGCGUCGGAGGUGUCCCGCACUCGUGUCCGCAGCGGGGUCGGAAGGGCCGCGGGGCUCGGAGUUCCCGCAGCCGUGGCAGGCACCCCCCGAGCACAGCCCCUCAUCCCCUGCGGUGUCACGGCCAGCUUGUCUGUAA